ACGGGCCCGGGGCGGGCCCAGCAGAGGGCGGGUUUGAAAGCGCUCGGGCGGGCGCGGGAAGCGCGGGUCGAGAGCGCAGAUUUCGGCGCGGGAGGUGUCGUUCUCCAGCAGUGCCUAGGAAGGUGUCUGGCCGACACACAGGGACCUUCAGGAAAUACUUCUCGAAACCAUUGGAAGGAGCCAUCUGCCACCAUCAGGAGGAUCUAGCCUUCUGCCUAAGCCUGAGCCAGGACCCCCUCCUGGGGACUACCCAGGUUCCUUUGGCUCCAACUCUCCUGCCAGCGUCCUAGACGUCAACGUCGAGUCUAUCAAUCCGCAAGAGCCAGAGGAAGGGAGCUGCCGAGCAGGCCCAGCCGAUAGCACUGGAACCAUGACAACCAGUCACCAGCCUCAGGACAGGUAUAAGGCGGUAUGGCUUAUCUUCUUCGUGCUGGGCCUGGGGACAUUGCUCCCCUGGAAUUUUUUCAUGACAGCAACUCAGUAUUUCACACACCGUCUGGACCUGCCCCAGAAUAUGUCCACAGUCACUGACAAAUCAAGCCAGGACACGGAGACCUUGCCUGCUCCCACAGUGUCCGCACCAGAGCGGAGUUAUCUCAGUACCAUCUUCAACAAUGUCAUGACCUUGUGUGCCAUGUUGCCCCUGCUGCUCUUUGCCUGCCUCAACUCCUUUCUGCACCAAAGGAUCUCUCAGUCUGUUCGGAUCCUGGGUGGCCUGGUUGCUAUUCUGCUGGUGUUCCUGAUUACUGCCAUCUUGGUGAAGGUGGAGAUGGAACCACUGCCUUUCUUCAUCGUCACCAUGAUCAAGAUCGUGCUCAUUAAUUCAUUUGGUGCCGUUUUGCAAGCUAGCCUUUUUGGUCUGGCUGGCGUCCUGCCAGCCAACUACACAGCCCCCAUCAUGAGUGGCCAAGGCCUGGCUGGCUUCUUCGCCUCAGUGGCCAUGAUCUGUGCCAUUGCCAGUGGCUCCGAGCGGUCAGAAAGCGCCUUCGGCUAUUUCAUCACAGCCUGCGUAGUUGUACUUUUGGCCAUCUUCUGUUACCUGGCUCUGCCUCGGCUGGAAUUCUAUCGCUAUUACGUGCAGCUCAACCUCGAGGGGCCCUCUGAGCAGGAGACCAAGUUGGAUCUUAUCAGUAAAGGAGAGGAACCAAGAGGAGGAAGAGAGGAGUCUGGUGUUCCAGCUCCCAGCUCUCUGCCCACCAGCAAAAACCACUCUAUCAAGGCCAUACUUAAGAAUAUCUCGGUCCUGGCUCUGUCUGUCUGCUUCAACUUCACGGUCACCAUUGGCUUGUUCCCUGCUGUUACUGCCGAGGUUGAAUCCAGCAUUGCGGGCACCAGUGCCUGGAAAAAUUACUUCAUUUCUGUGGCCUGUUUCUUGAACUUCAAUGUCUUUGACUGGUUAGGCCGGAGCCUCACAGCUGUUUGCAUGUGGCCUGAUAAGGAUAGCUACUGGUUGCCGGGUUUGGUGGUCGCCAGGAUCGUGUUUAUUCCCCUGCUGUUGCUCUGCAAUGUGAAACAGCGCUACUAUCUGUCCUCCAUCUUUAAGCACGAUGCCUGGUUCAUCAUCUUCAUGGCUGCCUUUGCCUUCUCCAAUGGCUACCUUGCCAGCCUCUGUAUGUGCUUCGGGCCCAAGAAAGUCAAACCAGCUGAGGCGGAGACGGCAGGAAGCAUCAUGUCCUUCUUUCUUUGUCUGGGCCUGGCUCUGGGAGCUGUAUUGUCCUUUUUGUUAAAGGCACUUGUGUGACCAAGCAUAUGGGGACAGAUGGACCACACUGCCUGCCUGCUUCCUGCUCAGUUUCUUCCCUGCCUGGGAGAGCAGGGGUCCAGGGGUUUGCUCUUUUGGCUGACCUUGGCUUUCUUCUGGCCUUUGUUGGGCCCAGAUGCUCAUGCCCCGGGAGGAAGCCUCCUCAGAUGGACUUGGGAUUGAGGACUCAGAAUGGCAAGGGAGCACAAUCUCUUUCGGAGAGGUCUGCCUGUCCCUGCUUAAACCAAGCACUCAAGGCUCCUGGGCUGAGAGAGGUCUUCUGCCUGCCUGUCACAAGGGUGGGGUGGAGGUGGAAGGCUGACUGGUGUGUCAUGUGAUUUGUUGUUGUUCCUUCUCCCUCCUUGUCUGCCUGUUCUCCUUCUCCUCGCUCCCUGUCGUUUUACUGCCUUUUUAUACUGACAGAAACCAGGUGCCUUCAGAGGCUCUCUGAUUAAAUAAACUUUGUUUUUUGGGUUUUUUUUUUUUCUUCUCCACAGCUCCCUGUGUCCUCCCAAGGUUUAACCCCUUGGAGAGGAAGGCUGGCAGCCUGAGUCCAGGACUUGAGUGUGACCCAAGGUUGGGCCUGAGUAUAAGAGGGUAGAAGCCCUUUAGCCUCAGAAGCUGCAGUGCCCCCUGCUGGGCCACAGACAAGGGACAGGCCUGGAGCCAAGACACCCAGACUAUGGCCCAGAUCUAGAAAGACUAAAGUUUUCUUUUCUGCUCACUUUUUUUUUUUUUUUUUUUUUUUUUUUUGAGACAAGAUACAGCUCAAGCUGACCUCACAGUCCGUAAGUCCCGGAGGAUGACCUUGAGCCGUUCCUCCUGCCUUAAGUGCUGGCGUCUACUGACGAAAUCAAGGACUUCACGCAGGCUAGGCAAGCACUCUGCUAACUGAGCUACUCCCCAGCCCCUUUUCUUAUUCCAAAGGACUGGAAACGGAGGCAGCUCUAUGUCUUUCCUGUCCUCAUUGUUAUCCGCCCCUCCCCCACAGAUGCUGUCCUGGGGCCUGAAAUGAACUCUGCCAAACUGGCCAGCACCACCCCCAGCUUCUGGCCAUCCUCCCACAUCCCUGGGCAGGAAAAGGCUGAGGCCUGAGUUCUCCCUUACCCUUGGCUCCAGGCCCUGACACCGAAGCCCAGGCUGCCAGGCUUCCUGGAGAACAAGGGACCUAUGUGUCCUCAUGUUGGAGUGGGACCUUCCCUUUCUCUAACCACAUUGCGGUCUAAGGAAGGGUGGGUUGGUACGGGAUGUGAGAUCUACUCUGCCGAGGACUCGCUGUGAGUGGAGCUGAGAGACGACCUCUGGCCAUAAGCACACCUCAGCCCCAGCCCUGAGAGGUGUCUCUGCCUUUUCCCAGAAAUGCAUGAGCUUUUGCCUCCUGGCCCAGGCUGUUUACUUGCUGGUCCCUGACUGAUGACUACAGACAGAGCUGACCCUACUUUUAGGACUUCCUUUUUAAUACGGAAAUUUCAUUUAAACCAGUAGUUCUCAACCUUCCUAAUGCUUUGACCCUUUAAUACUGUUCCUCAUGUUGUGCUGACCCCUCCAACCUUAAAUUUAUUUUUGUUGCUACUUCAUAACUAUAAUUUUGUUACUGUUAUGAAUCAUAACAUAAAUAUUUGUGUUUUCCAAUGGUCUUAAGUAACCCCUCUGAAAGGGUUAUUUGAUCUCUAAAGGAGUCAUAACCCACAGGUUGGAAACCAUGGCUUUAAACAAAGGUUUCAGGCUUUCAUUUCA